GAAAUCAGUCAGGUGCGUGAAGUAUUUUCUUUCUUCGGUGUCAAGUUUUACCGGUGGCCAUUGUUAACGUGGAUGAACCCCUCAUCAUAUGAACUGUGGUGCGAGUUAAAGUGCCUUAGUCGGUCUUGGGAAAUCCACGCGGACUCAAGGCACAUGUAACUAUGUGCAUUAAAACGACGCUAAUGAAAUUCCUCCUGGGACUGUGCAUCUUGCACUUCGGGCAUCUUGUUCUAGCACAAGGUGUACUAGAUGCAGAUGGAUGUGACCCCAAUCCCUGUUUGCAUAGUGGAAGUUGUAGCAUUGACCCGGUUAUGAAUUACACGUGCUCCUGCCAGCUUGGGUAUGUUGGGAGAAACUGUGAAAUAAGUGAAUUUAGUACCACCAGUUCAGAGACUAUCACUGACAUCGGUGAAGUAUCAACUACCGUGGGCGUGAAUACAACGACCAAUGUAACUUACAGUAGUAGUGGGGCAUCUACCACCUUCACCACUACCACGCCCUCUACCGAUACUCUCCCCUGGUAUUCUACAAUCUACGACACUACGACCUAUCCUACUGGUGUCAGCACGGAGACACCACUAGGUACUGGUGUCAGCACGGAGACACCACUAGUAGGGUCACACGGCGCACCUUGUACACGGACACAGGACUGCAUGGCUGGGGACAACAACACCGUCUGCACAGACACAGGGCAGUGCACGUGUAACACCGGGUUACCGCCUUAUUACCUGGACGGAGCUAACCUCUGUGCUCCGUAUUACAAUGCGGAAUGUAGCAAAAACACCAGCUGUCUCACACAAAUUACCAGUUACUACUGUAACGAUAUCAACAGGUGUGUCUGCGGGUUUGGCCUGAUCUAUAACCAGGAAAUGCAGCGCUGUAUAUAUGGCUAUAACCAGGAGUGUUACAGUGAACUUGGCUGCGGGGAUUCCUCCCUCGUUUGUACGGGUCUCCUGUUGGACAACACGCCCGGCAGCUGUAAAUGCGCUCCUGGUCACAAUUUCCUACGGGGUCGAUGUCGAGCAGGCUCAGUGAUUAACAGUCCUUGUCAGUCCAGUUGUCCGUAUGGGAGCAAUACAGUGUGUGUGAAUGGGACUUGUGUCUGCCAGACUGGGUUCUUCCACAACCAAACCACACAACAGUGUCAGCGGGCCUACAAUAGUUCCUGUACCUUUAACCGGAACAUAUGUUCAGGAGUCGGUGACAGUAAGAUGAGAUGUAGCUACGUGAGUGAACAAAGUGGCUAUUUCUGUCGAUGUGAUUUCGGCCACUUCUACAACACCACUGUGAGAUUGUGUGAACUGGCCAUCGGUUCCAGUUGCACAUCCACUGAGCAGUGCCUGCGGCGUGAAGGUUUUUAUAAAAUGUCCUAUUCGGUAUCUUGUCAGGACACGGAUCUUGACGGCCGAAAUGACACGUGCCUUUGUGACGAAGGUCACUUCUGGAACCUACGGGAUAGUAGAUGUGAGCUUUAUAGCGGUUCUGCGUGUCGCGAUGGUUUUAUCAACGUGGUACCUGCAUUAGCCGCUAGGCGAAAGAGGCAGUCUGGCGCAGCUGUAUCUUCUGGUUCCGUUUGCGUCAUGAUUCAAGCCAACCCCAUGUCAUGGACCGAGGCAGUGGAAGGCUGCCGCUCCCACUCCAGCAAUAUGUUAGCAUUGUCCUACAUUGCGUGGUCACAUGUUCCAUAUUACUCUUACACACUUUCUUCUGCUGCUAAUAUGGUUUCACGAUAUUGGACAAGCAUGUUGUUGAGCCAAGACAGCCAAAACCUGAUCUGGGAAGGUGCAUUUCCCCACCCUGUUAACUACAGUGAACGGGGCGUUUGGCAGUGGUCGGACAAUCAGCCUCUCCCGCUCCAUGGUAACUGCGUUGCUGCGAGAGAUAAUUUUAAUUACGGUCGCGUAAACCUCACCACCGAGCCAUGUGACAGCAGACUGCCCUCUGUUUGUACCCACACCCCCAUCAGACCGGAACUGAGCACAGUUUUGAAAUGCCCGGAUGGUUGGCGAGGAUCACCUGAACUUGAAAAAUGUUUGAUAUUUGUGAAACGGCCGGAAUCUUACGAGAGUGCCGAGUCUUACUGUUCUUCGGAGGGAGGCAGGUUGUUUUCUCCAACCUCGUCCUUUAGCAGAUCAUUUGCUAUCCGUGGAUUUGUUUUUAUGGAAGUGGAAUACGCCAGGGUGGGUGUUACAUGUCGUGUGGAGACAUCAUUAUGCAAAUUAGCAGACGGACGUGUCGUCCAUAUGGAUCAAUUACGGUCUCUGAUUGGAGGGUCCACCCUGCCCGAUCAAUCUGGAUUCACUGGAGAGGGAUCUGGCGCCAAUCCUGUCCUGAAUACUCUCAUGCUAGAAGAAACGUGCUUGGCUUUCGACCAGAAUUGGGUUACUGGUCGGAUUCUGUACGCAUCUACAAACUGCGACGAGCCUUUGCCGUAUAUAUGUGAAUUAGAUGUGGCCGUUUCCGAAUCAGUUGUGGAAAUCUCAGCACCGGUCGUUGAUGAGAGGACGGAAACCCUUACAUUCUCAGUUUCAAACUACGACUCAAACACAUUCGUGACGUUUGUGAAAGACGGGUUACAAAACCUGCAUCGUACUCUGGUUCCGGCGAGUUCGACAGUGAUCUACCCCUUACGGGUACCGCCAACGCAAUCUAGAGGCGAAAGGCAAGGGUACUACUCUAUAGAGGUUUGGGGAAAGAAGCCAUACAGACGGUAUAGCUCACAAAGAUACCUGCUGAAGUAUUCUGAUAUACAAACGUUUACCGGUACCAUGAAAUCAAGUUAUCUCACGUCAUCCCCGAAGGAUUACACAGAACCAUCCCUGUAUGCCGGAGGAGUGGAACAUCAGCCGAGUGUUCGACAAACUUCCUUUGCUCAGAUCUCCAACGCCGUGAGAGGAAUAGGCAAUGCAGUUUCCAGAGAGUUUUUUGUAGAAACGGUUCUAAAAGAUGUGAGGUACGCAAGUACUGGUGGACUUCUCAUAGAUUUUCGAGCAUAUGUUCAAACAGGCCCACGGAAUAAACGAAGGGUCGCCUUGCCUGACAAUAACAUAGAUGGCGUUCUGAGUGUUUUGGAUACAGAGCUGCGAGGUGUUUUGGAGAGUUUCGGUUUUAUUCCCUCUAGUCUUCGUCUACGGGUGGAAACUUGGACAGCAGCAAGAAGUCCUUUGCCAGUCCCAGGCACCAGACGAUUAACCUUCACCAAUUGUCCAGACGACCUGCAGCGCCACACACCGUCCAACUCGUCACGGGUCACGUGGCCUACACCGGAAGUGAUAGGUUACCCUGGGAACAUCACGAUAAAAGGAAACUAUUACCCAGGGCAUGUUUUUCCCGUUGGAUCAACUGUUGUCACGUACACCGCUGAAGACAAUGCAGGAAACAAAGCUACCUGCAAAUUUACCGUAGACGUGAAAAGUAUAGUGAAAGAAUGCCGAAAUAAAAUUCCCGUUCCGGACCGUGGUACUUUACGCUGUAGGCAGCCAGCUGUCGGCAGUGAACGCUGUGACGUCACGUGCCUUUCAGUCCCUAGCAACAUCAGACAGAACCCGGAUGUACCACAGAGUUACAUGUGUAAUCCGGAGGGAAAGUGGGAGCCGCUGUUUGAAUGGGGCGCUGUUAAGACACUGGCUUGUAUUGCUCUAGAGCCACCAAAGAGUUAUAGACUCCUGUUUAACGUGGAACAUCCGGGAACCUGUGUGGAUGAUAACUACUUCAAGCCAUUUGUCGUGGGUGAGCUGAUUAAGUGGCUGAGAGACGCUGAUUUAUGUCCCGAAGGAGAUUUAAUUAAGUUAUGCCAAAGGUCACAGGUGGAGGUCAUCUGUAGGGAGGAGGAUAGAAGACGCAGGGACUCCCACGAGGGGAAACUUAUUGUGAAUUUGGCUCUUAAUGCGACUUUUACCGAGGAAAACAGCACGGAUGAGUAUCAAAAUGUUUUAGCUCUGGCAGAGAAUGUGACAAACUUCAUCGUCAGCAGUCAGUUUCGGUUUGAAUAUGGUGGAAUAAAUUACACCUUUGAAACGGGAUCGCCUGGCGAGGAAGAGACAACUUGUGGUGAAGGGCAGAUGAAGGUUCUGGACAAAUAUUGCGUUAAGUGUCCACCUGGCACAAAAUACAACUCUCUCCUGAAAACCUGCGAUUCAUGUCCAGAAAAUACGUACCAGGAGCGUCGGGCGCAGUCCGUGUGUAUCAAGUGUGAAGGGGACAAAACGUCGCCACCAGGGUCAUUCAGUCGUUUUGAUUGUCAAGACACGGAGCAACCUACAGUGGUUACAAAUACGCAAGUUGACAUCUCACUCAUCAUCGGCGUGACAUUUGCCGUCAUUGUGGCCGUCAUCCUCGCCGCCAUCUUGGUUUACGCGGUAUGUCGAUGUAGGAACAGCGAGAAAAAGGUAGAGGGGCACGCCACGGCGCCAGCUGUAACUGACGCCCAGGACUACCAUAAUUAUGCCUACGAUUACACUGAAGCUCUGCCAGCUUCGUACCAGAGCACGGAGACAAAUCACGAUGAGAGAUUACAUACGGGACCAAGGACUGAACAUACCACAAAUGCCUCGAACUCUCACCGCGCGUAUGAAGGUAUGGUGCGAGAUGGCCCUGAGCAGAAAGCGUACACUCAGUUAAGUUUGAGAGAAGAGGCAACGACACCUAUUGGUGAAUAUGAAAGUAUCUCAACUCACCACGCAGCUCAACAAAACGACUAUACUCGACUUAGGAGUAGUAGCGAGGAACAGUAACUAAGAGCCAUGUCGUAAGGCAACAUUGGCGGUUUGGUGCCUAGUUGUAAAUACUACAGUAUAUUUAGGCUGACGAUUUAAUCAGCCGUGUUGUAAAGCUUACGGCUCGAGUAUAUCUUUCUCUCUUUCAUAUCUGUAUAUGCAAUCUAUUGCGUAUAUAUAGUAUACAUGUAUCAGCUUAUUGUAUGCUUGGCGUGCUAAAGAUACCAAAUCUACAAAAAUUACCAAAUUUUAGUUUUGUACCUUUUUAGCAAGCAUUUUAACAUAUUUUUUCUUUUGAAAAUAAAUAUAUAUUUAUCGAUUUAUGAUAUUUCAACGUGGGUAUGACUAUUGCUGUACUUCCCGCUCUUUAAGCAUACAAUAUAUAUCAUGUCUUUUAUUAUGGUCUAAUGAUAUAUUUUACACAAGAGUACAACCUUACAUUUUUUUAUUUUAUAUUUUACAAUAACAACAUUUUCCUGUCUGAAACGAAGGUAAAAUAUCUUUACUUCCACU